UGACUAUGUUUAGAUGGUACUCCUCUGCUUGCAGCUGCUGUCCCGAGAUAGGAAAGGAAACUGAGACCGACCUUCCUCCUUCCUAUCAGUUCUGUCGAUCACCAAAAAACCGAAAGAAUUUCACCAAAUUACAAUCUAGUCUACCAAGUUUAGCUCAAGACCCCAAUCACCGAUCCAACUCCCUAUUAUCUUCUACCAAAUUGAAUCUCUCUUUCCAGAUCAUGGAAAAGGAGGAGGAGAAUUCUAAGGUUGAAGAAAUCAUGGAAAAGGAGGAGGAGAAUUCCAAGGCUGAAGAAAGCGUGGAUGAGAAUGAAGAAACAGAAGCAAUAGAGCUUGUUCUCUUCCAAGUUCCUGAAUGUUACGUGUAUAUAAUACCCCCAAGGAAAUCUGCCGCUUCCUACAGGGCUGAUGAGUGGGAUGUGAACAAAUGGGCUUGGGACGGGGUGCUGAAAGUCGUUAGCAAGGGAGAAGAGUGCAUUAUCAGACUCGAAGAUAAGACCACAGGUGAAUUAUAUGCUCGGGCAUUUUUGCGAAAUGGAGAGCCACAUCCAGUAGAACCUGUAAUUGAUAGCAGCAGAUAUUUUGUUCUUCGCAUUGAAGAGAACAUUGCUGGCCGUCUUCGGCAUGCUUUCAUUGGUAUAGGAUUUCGAGAAAGAACAGAAGCUUAUGAUUUCCAGGCAGCCCUGCAUGACCACAUGAAAUAUUUGAACAAAAAGAAAACUGCCGAAGAAAUGGAACAGCAUUACCAGCAAACUUCUUUGGUAGACUACAGUUUAAAAGAUGGGGAGACUCUUGUACUCCAAAUAAAGAAUAAGAGUGGUCGCAGUGCGAAUUCCAAAUUUUUUGAGCAGGGUCUGAACAAUCCCUCCGAGGAAAAGGGGAAACAGAAAGAACCCAUAAUUUCUAUCAAACCACUGCCACCUCCUCCAGCUCCAGUUUCCCCUGCUGCUACUGUUCAGAAGUUACCAACAAACAUGCCGCCAAAAUUCAAUCUUGAGGAGACUCCUCAAGAUGAGGCUCAUGAAUUAGUAAAAGGAGAUGCCAAAGAUCAAAUUUCUCCUGAAAAUCACAGUAUACAGGAUAUUCCAGAUGAUGAUUUCGGGGAUUUUCAAACGGCUGGGUGACAUGGUCUAGAUACUGACAUGCUUAUACUCAAAUGAUCAAAUUCUUCUCUCGUCUUUUAAUGGUUUGAGCUUUGUGAUGGUGAGGCUAUGUUACAGUUCAAAUUUUCGUUGGUCUGGUAAAUCUUUGGUAUCUUACUAAAAAAAAUAUGUAUCUGGUGCUUACGACAUGGUUAUGGAGUUAGUUUAGAUACCGUA